AUGUCCCACCAAGCUCAUGCAUACCACAUGGUAGACCCAAGCCCCUGACCUCUAACCGGUGCUGGCGCCGCAUUAUUAAUAACCUCUGGCCUAGCCAUAUGAUUUCAUAAAAACUCCUGUAUCUUAAUAACACUUGGUCUAAUCCUUAUACUUCUUACAAUAUAUCAAUGAUGACGAGACAUUGUUCGAGAAGGCACCUUCCUUGGCCAUCACACUUCACCAGUCCAACAAGGCCUUCGCUACGGAAUAAUCCUAUUUAUUAUUUCAGAAGUUUGCUUUUUCGCAGGUUUCUUCUGAGCUUUCUAUCAUGCCAGUCUUGCACCAACCCCAGAACUUGGCUUAACAUGACCCCCAACAGGAAUUAACCCUCUAAACCCAUUUGAAGUUCCACUAUUGAAUACAGCUGUUUUACUUGCCUCAGGAGUUUCAGUAACUUGGGCCCAUCACAGCAUUACUGAAAAAAAUCGAACAGAAACAACCCAAGCCCUAACUUUAACAGUUUUACUAGGACUUUAUUUUACUGCUCUGCAAAUUAUAGAAUACUAUGAAACCCCCUUUACAAUAGCAGAUGGCGUAUACGGUUCAACAUUCUUUGUCGCCACAGGCUUUCACGGACUACAUGUUAUUAUUGGCUCCCUAUUCCUACUUACAUGCUUACUACGACACUUACAAUAUCACUUCACCUCUAAACACCACUUCGGCUUCGAAGCCGCCGCUUGAUACUGACACUUUGUAGACGUUGUGUGAUUAUUCCUAUAUAUUUCAAUCUACUGAUGAGGCUCUUAA